UCGACCACGCGCAGGUGCUGUUUUCUAGCUCUGAGACCCAGACACGAUGAUGCAGACAGACAGGCUCCGGGCUGCGUUGGGGAAGGAGGACAUUUGGUAGAAUGCACCGGUGAAGCUGUCUGGUCCUGUGCUUUUCUUUGUGCUGUCCCAGAACCUGAGCGAGGCCGGAGGCGCAGGAGGACCAAGUUUGACAAAUAUCAAUACAUGAUUCUUAUAGAGGCUUUCCAAACAGACCCCUAUCCUGGAAUUACUGUCAGAGAAGAACUGGCCAGAAAAACACAGAUUCCCGAGCCACGAAUCCAGGUAGAGAAGCGGUUCGAGGAAGAUGUCGGCACACAGGACACUCAGAAAGGCUGGGGCGGAGGACAGCAGUGCGGCCGCAAGGUUUGGUUUCAGAACCGGAGAGCUCGUGUACAGAAGAGAAGCCAGAGGAGGCCCAGGGUGGAGGCAGCCUGGGCGCAGGCCCCAAUCCCAGGCCCCGGUCAGUCCGGGAUGCUGGCCCCCGACUACUUCUGCCAGCAGGGCUUCCCAGGGGUCCCGAGCAACGUGGGCAGCUUCUUUUGGGAAUCGGAGGUCGCUUCGAGCCAUGCUUUCCUCUGGGGGCACAUUGGUGUCCCGGGCGAAAAUGUGGCCCCCGCUGACCUGGAGAUGGCAGCCAGCGCGCCGGGCCAGCCUUACGCAGAUGUCCCUUGCUCUCCGCCCUCGGGCUCAGCACUGCUUCCAGGUCCCACUUGCCACCAGCCCUUCCCACAGCUGGAAGCUGACAGUGCUGGGCAAGUUCGUCCCGGGGCACCCCGCCUGCUCUUCGCGCACGGGGCCUCGCCCCUGCGGGAGCCGGGGCCGCGCCUUCCCGCCGCGGAGCAGCAGCCGAGGUGGGGCUGGGAGCCAGGGGAGGCGCCUGGGUGCGCGGGGAUCUGGGAGGAGCCCUCUCCGUCCCCGCCCCAGCAGCUCUGGCCCCAUCCCGCGUCUCGGCCUCUUUCCUGGCCGCAGCCACAGCUACAGCCGUCGCAGGGUCCCGCUGAGCGCUAGGAACAGGUUCAUUCUCUUCCUCCUGAACCCAACCCGUGCGGGAGGCCCCAGCAUCCCCGCCCCAGCGGCCGCUGCGGGGUCUGCACCUCUGGGAGCUGCACAGCAAACCCGUGGAAAUGACCUCUGAGUGUCGGGCGAUGGGAGACAGAUGAACUAACCUAGGGCUCAUCGUGAGAGUUCACAUUAUGAAAAUUGAAGAGGAAUAUCACGAUUUAUAUAACUUUGUCAUAGAAAGGCUUCCAGACAUGCUUUUCAGGGAAAUGAAGUUGUUAGGGUGGAAGGGCCUCGGGGUGCAUGGGACCUAGGGGUUUUCCUUAGAUGGGAUAAGAAAGGAUUGACCUUAUCAACUCGUCUGUCCUUCCAUUUAACUGUGUAAACAUGGAGCACUUACAAUGUACAAAGUCCACUAGAGAGAAGGGGCACGGCAGGAUGAGGACAACUUUGUAGAAAUGUAUUAUUUUGUAAUCGGUAAAGAGCAAUGAUUUCUACUUGCCA